CAUUAAAUGAUUUAUUUACUACUAAUUUAGAUUGAGCUUUUAUUAGCAGUCAACACUUCAAGAAUCCGAUCUUAAGAAUCACAAACUUUAUAGGCCGUAUUUCCUGAUUCUUCUUUAAAAGCAAUACAUAAUAAAUAAAAUAUUUAUCUGCUAAAGUAAAAUAUGUUAAAAAAUGAAUAGCAUUUCUUAAGCAUAUGAUAUUGAAUUGAUAGAUGAAAAGGGAUAAAUUUUUGAGACACCAUAUAUAUCGUUAGAUAAUCUAGACUUAGAUCAUUUUAUUGUAGAAAAUGGUAUAUAUUUGAUUUAAUUAAUAAGAAUGUGUUGCUUUUCCAAAAAAUCCUUAAUUGACAGAAUUGAUGGAUUAUCAAAUAUAGAAUAAAAGCGAUGAUACAUUUUAUUCAGAUAUAAUUUCAGCAACAGAUUAUUAAGACUUGUACAUAGUAACAUAGGAUUUAAUGCUUAUUCAAUUUAAAUUGAAUUCAUAAUAUUGGGUGGUUGCUUAAUAAAAGAAAUAAAUAGAUUUAAAAAAAUAUGUAGAUGUUAAGGAUGAAAAAAUCAGAACAAAUGCUUUUUUUAGUUGUCCUAAGGUAAUAUAAUAUUAAUUAAUUUAGGGUCAUUUAAAUUGUUUAGUAAUAUCUGAAUAUGGAGGAAUUUGGAUUCCUAAAUUUAUUGAUUUUGAUGAUGAAUCAACAGAGAUAGUGCCAGAAUUAGACAAGAAUUUUAUAAAAAGGCGUGAAAUAAAAAGGAUUUCUACAUUUGAAAGUAUAUUAGCAAUUGCUGCUGGUGAAGAUGGCGUUGAUAUUUAUAGAUGUGGUUAUAAAAUUAGCAGUAAUUUUGAUAAGAAAAUCUAUUAUCUUCAUACAAUAAGUAAUAGUUUAAUGGAAAUUCCAUCUUCAUAGUAAAUCUAUAUAAUAGGAGUGAAAAUCUAAGAUGAUUUAUUAUAUGUAUUGGAUGAAGAUUUAGGUGUCUAUAUUUUUAAUAUAACAAAUUCAUCAAAAUAUCAUUUGAUUAUGAAAAUACCAAUACCAAGAACAAUAGCUUUUGAUUUUUAUGGAAAUACAUUAAUGGUAGUUGCAGAAACUGUUAAUCAUAUUCAAUAUAUUUUAGAAAUAUUUCUGGAUAUUACUGCCUAAACUUAUUAUGUAAAUAGAGUAUAUGUUGAUGAUUUCACUUUUGUUGAUAUUUAAAUGACUAAAGAAUAUGCUAUAUUCAUUGCUGAAGAUACACAUAUGAUUAUUAAACAUUCUAUAUUUAAUGCUUUUCUUAAGAAUAAUAAAGAACUUGUUAGAACUUUCUUUUAAGAAUAAUUGAUUAGGUUUUAACAUUUCUCUUCAGAAGAUGAAUAUUAUUCAUAAAGAUAUUCUCAAACUACUUAUUAUGUUGGAUUUUCAAGAAAAUCACUUCAUGCAUGGAAAUUCAGAAAUUAUAACUCUUUUAUAAAUUGCAAUUUUAAUUAAAAAGUUCAAAAAUAAUAUACUCUUAAAUUAAAUGCAUCUGCUUGUUAUUUAAAUUAAUAAACUUCUCCAUAUAUUUAAUGUUAGAUGAUCUAAAAAAUCAAUAUAGAAUCAGAUGGAACUUUAUUAGAAUCUGAUAGUCUAACUGCUAUUAUUGUUGUUUCCAGUAUUUCAUCUGUAUUUUAUUUAAUUAUUUUAGUCAAUUCUUCUUAUUUUGAUAAUUCUACUAUGCACAAAAUGGAGAAAAUUUGUUAAAUCAAUUUAAUUAAAAGCUGAAAAUUUAAAAAACUUAAAAAGUUAUGGUCGGAUUUAAGAAUAAGAACAAAAUGCAUGAUAAAUUUAAACAAG